AAAAAAAAAAAAAAUGGACGGAGAAAUUGUUUCUCAAAGCAUCCCGAAAGUCAACGCGUCUCGGAAACCAUCGGGUUCGCUUUGGUGCCGCAGAAUAACCUAAAACUAACCCGGAACAUCAUCAAAAUUCGCAAACAGAAGGACGACUCGGCCUUCCUGUAACCGUGACGACAGGAAUCCCGGCAGUCUAUCGAUCCGCGGUGAGGCAGCAAAGAAUUUCUGGGGUGAAGAUGACACAGAGCGAGGUGGGAACAACCCGGGCCGCUUUCCACGGGCUGACCCGACUCGAAUCCAGUUGGCUCGCGUCUAUAAAAGGAACGCGUUUCCCUGGAUGCGAGCGGAUGACGCAGACCGCGUGCUCGGCGUGGGAGUACAAAAGUCCGCGUCGGGCUCCGCGGGGCGCGCACACGGCCACGGCGGCGAGCCCGGCUCACGCGUCCUGAUAUCCAUGACGAGCCGAACCCAGCCAAGAUGAACAGCGGCCAGAGGUUCCACCUUCCCGCCGGUGGCGUCCUCCAAAUGUUCAACACCCUCGGCGGGCAUCCACGCCCGGGCCCCAGCCCCGGGGUCCAGCAGCAGAACCCGAAGGCGCCGCACCGCUCAAAGACGGCCGCGGGUCUCCUGGAGACGGUCAAAGGGCGAUGGCGGCACCAGGACAAGGGAGGAUCGCGGCAGGGGGGCUCCGUCUCCGCCGAGGCGCCGGCCGCCGUCAAGCCCGGGAACUGUCACAGAAUCGUGGUUCUGGGCGCGCCCGGCGUGGGCAAGACCAACAUGGUCCGACGCUUCCUGGGGGAAGAAUUCCAGGACAAGUACGAGGCCACGGCCGAGGACUUCCACAGGAAGCUGUACCGCGUCGGAGCCGAGACGUACCAGGUGGACCUCCUGGACGCCGCCGGGGAGAGGAACUUCCCGGCAAAACGGAGGCUUUCCAUCCUCACAGGUGACAUCUUCUUGCUCGUCUUCAGUUUGGACAACAAAGAGUCUUUCGGCGAAGUUUGCGAGCUGCUCAGUGAGAUCAGAGUCGCCAGGACGAAGUUGCUCAAGUCCAAGCGUCCGCCGAGAUUGCCCGUUGUAGUUUGCGGCAACAAGGCGGACCUGGACGCUCAGAGAGUCGUCAGUCAGUCCGAAGUCGCCGAGGCCUUGGCCCGGGACGUCGCCUUCUUCGAAACCUCGGCCAAGCGGGGCACGGCGCUGGAGGCCGUGUUCCGGGAACUGGCCGUCACGGGCGGCCUGCCCGACGCGACCGCGCCCUCGCGCCAUCGCCUCGUCUCCAUGGUGACCUACCGGUCGCUGUGCGGGCGGAGCGGCGCGCCGGGGGAGGCCGCGCCCUGCGCCGCCGUCGACCCCUCGGCGAGGCGGCCCAGUUUCGGCAGCGACCUGCGGCUGGUGCUCGGAUCAAGCGCCAAAGCCGACAAACCCGAGAGGUGUCAGAUUCAAUGAAUCGCCAGCCCUCUCCACAGAAACCAAUUGUGGUAGUAUGCUACAAUGUUGUAUUAUGUAAGGAGUUAUACUCUAGAUAGCAUUUGGCCGGACCAGUGCAUUCCUACUUUUUUUUUUUUCCAAUAUACUCUUUACGUACGUGUUCACAUUCAGAUCUGUUCUGCUUCAACAGAAAAAGUUCAAUCUCUCCAGCCAAAGGACAUGAAUGCAAAUGUUUCUUGAACAAAUUGAUGAUGAUCCCUUUUUUUUUGGGGGGGGGGCUGUUGUUCCGUCCUGGCCACAAGAGUCCAAAUGAUGACAAUAAUGAAAAUAUACUUGUCGUUCGAUGCUACAAUAAAGCUUUCUUGACGAAAUUCAUGACGUGGAUUCCAUAUAAAGAUCGGGCUCGGACGGAGUCACCGUUUCCGGCCAGUGAGACGAAAACACUUCAAAGUGCGUGUGUGGGGAAAAUGAGAUGACGCAGAAACCUUUUGAGCAUCUCCUCCAAUUGUCAGAUGCGCUGCGAACGCACACGAACGCGAAGGAUGAGUACCGCGGAGGAGGCGUGAGUGUGACCGUGUGAGUCAGCGCCGGUGAUCCAAAGACGCCAGCAGCCUCAUGAGGAAAACAUCGGCAGCACCGCGACAGACGCACAAGCGUGCUCAGUUUGGAAAGGGAGACGUCGCAAAACGGUUUUUCAGCAUCAGGUCUUCGCCACACUGUUGCAUUCUUCAUUUGAAAUAUUUUCCGAGGUCUUGACUGCACCUCUGCACUCUUUUCAGGUCUUGUGCGUUACGUGGGGGAUCGGGGGUUCCUCCCUUCAGUUUCCUCUUCUAGUGGUAAAAUGCAUACUCCAUUAGGUUAAAGUCCAGUUAUUGACUUGGCCAGUCCAAGACCUUCCACUCCAGUCCUUUGUCGUGUCGGCAGUGUGUUUUGUGCCACUGUCUUGUCGCAUGAAACCCAAACGACUUCAGCGUACAACAAAAUCAACAGGAAGUGACCUUGCCGAUCCAAUAAUACGAAUGCGUAUACAGUAGGAGGAAAAAGGCCAUUCCAAUAUGCCCCCAGCCACCCAAAUCAUGAGUGGAAAAUGAGUUAGCUACUCCUCUUAUUAACUUCUUUUUCAUAUCAAAUAUUAGAAAGACUUCUCAGUGUGAAGCAGUGAAGUUGGAGAACGCGACAAAGCACCACAUUAAUAAAUAUAGUGGGAAGUAAUAAUUUAAAAAAAGGGAGCUUUGUAUCUUUGUUAAGGCAGAAUUUCUUUUUCUUAAGUAGCUUAUUAGGAGAGAUGAAGUGCUCCAGCAUUCAUAAAGGGGGAAAUGGUAUGAAUAUAAAGAGCCAACAGCUCAUUAUUUAUGAUAGCCUGCUGCUAAUAAAUGUUCUCAUUACGUCUGAACGUUUAUGUUUUGCAGUGGAUAUUCUUUGACACGCGAACAGACUCAUUAUUAAAAGUGGC